CAUUCAAUCAUUCGUUCUAUUGUUCAUUGUGUUAUUUUGUAUUAAAAAAUUUUUGUUCAACCGGUGUGUUUGACGUGUUUGUUUUUAUUUGAAGAUACUUGAAAUAAUGUGAAAUAUAUAAUAAUGACCGGAUUAUCAGAGUUUAAACAUUUCUUCCCCAUUGACAGCAUCCAAAAGGUAUGCGAGCUCUUCGAAGAACAACUACGCAGCGAAAAAGAGCCGGAUUUGGCUUUGUUUUCUAUUAUUGUUGGAGCGGUGGAGAAUAACCUGACUAACGUAAAAAACAGUGACAAAGAUGUAAACUUGUCAACAAAUAAGUUCGUGAAGAUGAAGUUUCCAUCUGUAGAGUGGGAAGAUGUUAAGACGCUUCACGAUCGCUUCGUAUCGUUAAUGCGCGGGGGUGUGGACUCUAAGCUCCUCAGUGGAGAGUAUGCGACUCGGGACCUGGUCAAACGAGUUGCUGAUGUGGUGUGGAACUCUUUGACACGGAGCUACUAUAAAGAUCGCGCCCACUUGCAGUCCAUUUACAGUUUCUUAACUGGGAACAAGUUAGAUUGUUUUGGCGUCGCCUUUGCUGUAACGGCGGGAUGUCAAGUCCUAGGUAAAAGAGACGUGCAUCUGGCUUUGUCCGAGGAUCACGCCUGGGUUGUGUUUGGGAAGGAGGGAACAGAUACUGCUGAAGUCACAUGGCAUGGUAAAGGCAAUGAGGAUAAGAGAGGACGCUCUGUAGGUGAUGGAGUUCUUGCAUGGUCAUGGUUAUAUGUGGCGGGGAAACCAGUAGUCUGCACGAGAGUGAUGGAGCUGGCUGCUCUUGUAUCUUCAAUCAAUCCUACAUUGACCCCUACUGUGGAUGUGCAUGAGGUGGCACAAAUGCAACAUCGACUUUUAUGGCUGCUGUAUGAAAAUGGGCACCUUGAUGCAUACCCAAUGGCUUUAGGCAAUCUUGGGGAUUUGGAUGAGUACAUGAGGAUAUCUAGUUGUUCAGAAGAUGCAUCACUGAAAGAAGAGAACAGUCACAAGUCGAAUGGCACAACCAGGCCGGACUCCGCUGCACUGUAUGCACAUGCAAUCAGAUCGUCGAGGACAUACUACGAAGACCGGCAUGUGUACCCAUACACCUUCCAAGGUGGUUACUAUCACCGACACAAAAUGUAUAAGGAAGCAUUUCAUGCUUGGGCAUGUGCUGGUGAUGUUAUUCGGCACUACAAUUACUCUCGUGAUGAUGAAGAAAUAUAUAAAGAAUUCUCAGAAAUUGCAAAUGAACUGAUUCCUCAACUGAUGAAAGUGGAAAGUUCAGGCCACUCCGCCAGAUGUAUUUUAAAGGAUCCAGAAUGUUUUGCUUCUUUACUCAGGUUUUAUGAUGGAAUAUGCAAGUGGGAAGAGGGAAGCCAGACACCUAUUCUGCACAUUGGAUGGGCGAAGCCACUCGUUAGCACCAUAUCGAAGUUCGAUGCCGAGGUAAGAGCGCAAGUUCACAUAAUAUGCAGCCCGGACAACGACGACCACUCAGAAGAGCCGAAAGAGGAUCAAGAAAAGAGUGACGAUAAGGAGGAAAGUAAAGAUAAGUGGAAUAAUAAUUCUGAGAACGGCGAGAUGAGCGUGCGGGAGCAGCUGACGGCGGCGGUGAACAGUCGGCCGCGCGUGACGCUGUACAGCCACAAGAUGGCGGCGCUGAAGCCGCUGCUGCUGGCGGAGCGGCUCAACACGCACGCGCUGCAGCUGCAGCUGACGGCGCAGAGCCAGCUGCAGCGGCCGCCGCCGCCCGCGCGGCGCCGCGACGACGACGACCCGCACGCCGCCGCCCCCACCGGCCGCGCCAAACGCGCCCGCCGCGACCGCUGAACCACUCCACUACACACUAAUACGCUUUUCGUUAGACUGGAAUACGAUCGGGUAAUGUAUUUUUAGACGUAUAUCAUGUAUUUAUAUUGUGAGCACAAUGCUCUCCCUAUUUUUUAUUACGUAUAUUAAUAACCCUUUCUUUCGCAAUAUCGUAUUAAUGCAGUCCCAAACUACGAGUAGUUAACUCAUUUUUCUGUGAUCAAAGAACAGUCCCACCUCGAGGUUCUGCGUCACCUAUAAGGUACAGAACUCAAAAUGUUGAAUUACAUGUAGACGUAAGAGAUUGAUUCAUGAAAAAGAACAAAUGUCUUUGUGUUAUAUUAAGCUAUAGAUGCUUGAAAAACAAAAUUAUAACUCUAGGCUUAGUUAUUAAAAAUUAUUCGAGACAAUAAUGAACAAAUAAUAACAAUGUUCAAAUUUUUGUCUUUUUUCCGUUUUUUUGUAAUCAGUCUGCGUAAGCCAUCCGUUGCGUCGGCCUAUCACAUUAGCGUCAAAGAAACCUAGGCUACGAUACAUGAUACACAUCACAUCAGCCUUACGAAUCAGAAUCUCAAAAUUCUCACAAGGUUGAGUGACUGUACUCUUUGGUAAACUCAAAAUUACCGGAAAAUUCUGUACUAAGUUACUCUCUUUUCCACACUGCUAAUAACUUUCGUAACAAUUUGCGUCAUAGCAACAAGAGCAAGAAAAGUCGAAGUAAUAUUGAUUGACAUAAUAUUUGUUCCCGAUUAUAUCUCGAACACUUUUUAAUAAUUAUUACAUGUGGACUUGUUUAAAUGUCUUGUUUUCUUGUCUUUCAAUAAUUUAUAUUAGGAGCUAUAUAUCAAGACCCAAACAUGAUAAAUAUAUUUUCGUAGUUUACUGAGUAUCUUCGUCUCUAGUUUUCAUUUUGCAAUUAAAAAGCCUUUCACCAGUCGAGUGAAAUGCUAUAGAUUAUUUGCGAAACGCUUAAGUAUUUACUGCGAUGCUUUGGGUCAAUUUGACUGAGUUGAAAUGUGUACAAAUGAAACAAUAGAGUCUACUUAUAAUAAUAGUAUUUAAAAUACAAUAUUAAUAUUGUGGUAUGCAAAACAAAAGUAAUGUUACAAAUUGUAGAACAACUAUCAUGGACUUGUAUAAGUCAGAUUAAAUAUUUGAUAGUUACUUGUAAUUAGUAUUUGACCGUUAUUAGACUGUUGUUUUUCUAGCAAAGCUCAAAUCGCACUUGCUCGGCGCGGCGCGAUCCUAUAUUGUUUCUACUAUUUUUUAUCUUAUGAAUUGAAACGCACUGCGCGCUACGACCGAGAAGCCCCGUGGAGAAUAUUCUGUCGCAAAUGCGGUUUGAGCUUAAUCGUAUACAAAUAAAAUACAAAUGAGUGUUAUUUAGAGUACUAUAAGUGCGAAGCUCGUGUGUGAACUAGUUGUUCAAAUGUUAAAAGACUGUGCCUCUUGUUUGUGGAAACUUCCAAUACAUGUUUAAUAAGUUUGUGUCGCGUGCUCCUGUCGGCUCGCUAACCUUUGUAUAUUACUGUUAAUACGCAUAAAGUAGUUGAUACUUCGUGAACUAAUACCCAGUUAUUACGCGAACUAUCCAAUAAUAUACACAUCACCAGCUCUCUUAUCUUUUGGCUAUGUCUUUAUUUAUGUAAUAGUGCAUUAUGUGAUAAAAUACUACAAAGUAUUUGUAAAUCGGUAGAGUAGUAUGAUAGUUUUUAAAGUUCUGUAUCAUGUAAAAAAAUUGUGAUCAUUUGCAUUUAUGGAGAUGCCAUUAUUGUUAGGCUGAACUAGGGUCAGUUUUGGAAUUCUACAUUUAUAUUACAAACGACACAUACAUACACACAUACACAUUACACAUUCACACACACACACACACACACACACACACCCACACACACACACACACUUUACACAUUAUUUUUACAUUUAUAUUUAAGUUAAUGUUUUCAUAAAUCCCUCAGUAUGUUGAGGAUAGUAUUAUUUGGAUCUACAUUCCGUAGACAGUGAGAUGUUAGUGGCCUAGUUUACAUUUAAGGUUAAAACAUUUUGUGGAUUUUUUAUAGUAAUAAUUAUCUAUUUAUAAAGUGAGCGUACACACUUAUUAUUAUUAGUAAAUCUAGAAGACUGAUUAAGGCGCUUAUUGGUGCUGAUUCCAGUACAUACCAUCUAAUUUUAUUUUAAGUUAUACCUGUCAUUUUCUUAUCCGCCGAAAAAGAAAGGGAAAGGUAAUCGACAGUCAUAAAAUUUAUGGAACACACGUCAAUUUUAGGCAGAAAUUUUAAAAACCCUCCCAAAAUUAUUAUAGUGGCCAAUAACCCGACAGAAUGAAGUUGACAGCGCACGUGGAACGGUUUGCAUAUCAGCGAGAUGUCGUUUUAAUUUGCCGGUUUAUUCAUUCUUUUCAAAAUUCACAGUUGUCAAUCUCCCGUCCCUUUCCUUUUCGACGGAUAAGAAAAAGAAAAAAAGAAUUAGCAGGUGUCUGCGGGGAUUGGGGCCAUUAUUCGAAUUUGCCGAUCGUAAAACUGGGCCGAUCGUUUAAAGUCGACCGCAAGGUUCAAUUCAAACCGAUCAUCGUGCCUACUUACCAGAGAUAGUUUAAAAAAUAACAUUUCUCACUGUCUUUUAAUGUACAUACUCGUAGAUCUCAUAUUUGUAUGAGUUUUGUCAGUCUUCUAGAUUUAAACUUAAUAUGACUCAGGAGAUAAUACAAAAUCUACCUUACAUAUUUUAGUCACAAAUAGAAUUUUCCUGCUAUGCACAACUAAAAGUACAUGGGCGAUGCUCAAUCGCCUUCUAAGCACAGCGCAUUUAUUAAUUGGCAACAUUUUUUUUAACCCUAUUCGGGCAGACACUAACUUAAAAUAAUUUUAGCCUGACAGCUCUUAAAGAAGUGCCGUCCUUCAUUUACAAUAAGAGCACGAUAGAGAGCACGUAAAAUUAAGUUGGUGGAUGCCCGAAUCGGCAUCAUGUGUGCCUAUUGCAAUGGAUGUGCCAAUCUUUCAGACCAGUGUAUACAGGGUGUUAGUGAAUUGUCCAUCGCAAAAGUGUAAAAUUAAAAAAAAAAAACUUGAAUUUUGCGAUGGUAAAUUCCAUUUCAUAUCAAUUCAGAAUCAUCCCUCAAAGUUUUCGUUACGAUGUCAGUAACACCCUGUAUAAACAAUAUUUUUCUAGUCUAUAAUAUAUUUAAAAUACCGCGUAAUAUUCUUUAACAUUAGAUUAACACCAUUGACUAAUUUCCUAAACAAAAAGAUGUUUUGCCUGGUUACCUACCUACAUAACUUAUAUAAGGUAGAUUUUGAAGCUGCCAUUCAUCUAUUUUCAAUUUAUUCCUGAAAAUGUAAGUACUUAAUAAAAUCGAGUAUUUAAUUAUAUCAACUGUUCGAGUCUGUUAGAAUUUUAGUAUCUUUUAUAUAACUCUUAUCUAACUACACCAUUAAAUGAUAAAUUGGUAACUAUAAUGAGCUGGUCUCAGACUAUUUCAAGUGGGCUAAUCGUCUUCUAGGCAUUCGCUUUUAAAAGUGACGCCUAAGUUAUUGAAAGACCCAACCAAGAUCAUUGCACAACCUUAAUAAAUAUAUUAAAUUUUAAAUUUCAUUUUUCUAUUUAUUCUAAGUUUAUGUUACUGUGUGUGUUGGCUGAAAUGUUUUAUAAUUUAUUUAUAUUUUACAUUUAAAUAUUGGUGACUUGACUACAUUAAACAGAUGGUUAAUUUAUUUAAAUUGUGUUGCAUUAUAUUUAAAAGUAAAUAAUUAUGACUGCCUGUUACAAUAUUUAUAUAUUUAGUGUAGUUACGAUUAUUACUUUUUAAUUGAUUAAUUGUUGUUAUUUAUACUCGCAUAGAUUACACUUUAAAUCCUUGUGUAAGCAAUAGUUGAUGGACUAGCAAGUUCGUUUGAUGUAUGUAUUUUCUAUUCAUUAGGUACUACAGCCCAUUUUUUUAGUACUGUGGUUUGGCUAUGAGUACUACGCAAAUGAUUACCUAAUAUAAGAUAAUUAAUUAUUUUUUUUCUUGAUAAGUAAUAACACUGACAUGGUGUGAAGUUGAGUGAUAGAGUGAGAAACAGUGUGAUAAGACAGAGAUGUGGUGUAAAAGACAAUAUAGUGAUUAGGAUUGAGAAGGGACUGUUAGGUUGGUUUGGACACGUUGAGCGGAUGAAGGAUAAUAGAAUUGCAAAAGCGGUAUAUAAAGCGAAAGUUGAUGGUAGGGCUGGCAGAGGAAGACCGAGAAGGACUUACGAUGAUCAAAUUGGAGAUGUCCUUAGAAAAGGUUCAAUACGAUCUACUCUGAACCGGCGUGCGUGUAUGAAGCGAUUGAUGAAUGUGGAGGAAGCAAGAGAAGUGUGUCAGGAUCGAAGCAAAUGGAAUUCUAUAGUCUCUGCUUACCCCGGUGGGAAAUAGGCGUGAGUUUAUAAUAAUAACACUGACAAUAAGACAGUAACUUUUAAUGAGGAACUUUCCAGGCUACAUUCACGAAAAACAACAUAGAUGGCGUUAUGCAGCUUUAACGUGAUAAUUACAUAUUUUCAUUCAUAUAUAUUUGGAUCACAUUAUGUAUAGAAUGUUGUUGCUACCUAUAUUGCGUCUCUUUAUUUUAAUCAGAAUAAUAGUGGAAAAUGUAAUUGUGCCUGGGUGUAAUAAAAAGGGUCAUCGUUUAUACCCAAAAACUAAUAUAAAAGAUGCAUAGGGAUGUCUGUUAUCUAUGAAAUUAGAAGGUUAAAAAAAAGAAAAAUCUGUACAGCGCCAUCUAUAUUGUUUAUGAGGAUCGUAGUCUAGAAAGUUCCUCAUUCAGGAAAUAUACAACAUGUUUUAUUUGUUUAAAGCUCAGAUUUUUCUUACUUGUGUAAGCUUUUUUUAAUUCGCUAAUCUUUGGAACUAAAAUAGGGCUGUAGUUUAAUCAGAUUAAUGGAUAUAUUUUUCUUGCUUAAUUAAGCUUAAGUAAUAAUAAUAAUUAUCUUUAA